CUAUUUUUGGGUUCAACAAAAACAGUUUCGUGAUAUAAACCAAUCAGAUGAUCAAUUUAUUCCUUAUGUUUGGUCAUUAACAUUAACGUUAAGUAUACAAGAUGGAUUGUCCAAACAAUGCAGCAGUGACCAUUCCUUUGCAAAACUUCAUUUCAAUCGCUUUUCACCGGACACAUUCUGCUUGUUGAAUACAGUAGAUUUUUAG